CAACCGAAAUAGUCUUCCUCCCUUGGAUACACACUAUCGCCCAAGCUGCAACUCCACCAUGGCAUCAGUCCCUCUCAGCUUCGUUGGUGCUGUCAAUAUUGCGGUGCGGAAAGUUAAAGAGGACUAUCCUGAAGCCAAGCUCUAUGAAGCUUUAGCUACCACACCAAAUGAUCAAUAUGUGGAUUCUCCCCGGGGGUUUUCGCACUUAAGAGUUGUCUUCAACGAUGGAGUCGGUUAUGGCACCGUCAUAAUAGAAUCAACAGUCUGGGGUGAAUUCGCUCCUUUGCAGCAUAUUGACAGUCCUUACCUUGAAGACUGUGUUAUCCCGUGGCCUGUUCAGAUGGAUGCUCCUGAAGCAGACCAGCUUCUAAAGAAUGCUGGUUAUACUCAGCCCUAUAACAGCAUGAUUUUGCGACACCCCCUUUACCCAGGGUUUAAAGAGCCAUACUAUAUUUUUCAUUUGGAAAAGGAGGGAUUUAUUUUUGUCGGCAUCGAAUCUCAUAGGGUUUUUCCAGCUGAUCAGGAGACAUUGACAAAGGUGGAAAGGUCUUUGAAACAGCUCAGAGCUCUCGGCGAAUAG